UACACUUUCUCUCAACUAGCUAGCGAUCAAUCAUGGGCCAGGGAACACCGGGAGGUUUGAAUCGGCAAGGUCCCGGCGGCGAUCGGAAGCGCGGCGGUGAUAAGAAGGACAAGAAAUUUGAGCCAGCGGCACCGCCUGUUCGAGUCGGCCGCAAGAAACGAAAGCAGAAAGGUCAUGAUGCGGCCUCGCGUCUUCCGACGGUUACGCCACUGACGAAGUGCAAAUUGAGGUUGUUAAGGCUUGAUCGGAUCAAGGAUUACCUUCUAAUGGAAGAAGAAUUCGUGACAAGUCAAGAAAUGCUGAAACCGCUAGAGGAGAAGACCGAAGAGGAUCGAUCGAAGGUUGACGAUCUCCGAGGAACUCCGAUGAGUGUUGGAUCUCUCGAAGAGAUGAUCGAUGAGAAUCACGCUAUUGUUUCUUCGUCGGUUGGUCCGGAGUAUUACGUUGGCAUUAUGUCGUUUGUUGAUAAAGAUCAGCUCGAGCCUGGUUGUUCAAUUCUGAUGCAUAAUAAGGUUUCUACUGUUGUUGGCAUUCUACAAGAUGAUGUUGAUCCAAUGGUGUCUGUAAUGAAAGUUGAGAAGGCUCCUUUAGAAACUUAUGCAGAUAUAGGUGGGUUAGAUCCACAGAUACAAGAAAUUAAGGAAGCAGUUGAACUCCCGCUUACACAUCCAGAACUGUAUGAAGACAUAGGUAUCAAGCCACCUAAAGGUGUCAUACUCUAUGGGGAACCUGGAACUGGCAAAACAUUACUUGCAAAGGCAGUGGCAAACUCUACAUCUGCCACUUUUUUACGUGUGGUUGGAAGUGAGUUGAUUCAGAAGUACCUAGGAGAUGGUCCAAAACUGGUGAGGGAACUUUUUCGAGUCGCUAAUGAUAUGUCACCUUCAAUUGUUUUCAUCGAUGAAAUUGACGCAGUGGGUACCAAGAGAUACGAUGCUCAUUCGGGUGGUGAACGAGAAAUUCAGAGAACCAUGUUAGAGUUACUGAACCAACUCGAUGGUUUUGAUUCAAGAGGCGAUGUUAAAGUGAUUCUCGCAACAAACAAAAUCGAAAGCCUUGAUCCAGCACUGCUUCGUCCCGGUCGAAUAGACAGGAAAAUAGAAUUUCCUCUUCCUGAUAUCAAAACAAAAAGACGCAUUUUCCAGAUUCACACUUCAAGGAUGACAUUAGCUGAUGAUGUAAAUUUAGAAGAGUUUGUUUUGACAAAGGAUGAGUUAUCUGGAGCUGAUAUUAAGGCAAUAUGCACUGAAUCUGGUUUGCUUGCUUUAAGGGAGCGUCGAAUGAAGGUCACACAUGCAGACUUCAAGAAGGCGAAAGAUAAAGUUAUGUUCAAGAAGAAAGAAGGAGUUCCAGAAGGUCUUUACAUGUGAAGGAAGAAAAGAAGAAGCCAACUGCCUUAUUCCAGGUGGUUAGCUUGACCCUCCACCUCAAGACGUUCUAAAUAGGAAUCGAACCUAUUACCUUUUGUUCUCUAAGGAAGCUAAAGUGGGUUAGAACAAACUUUUUCUCGAUGUUUAAUUUCUUCAGAUUUAUCUACAAGUUGAACAUAAAAUCGCAUCACUUUCUUUUUUUCUUUACUUUUCGAAUAUUAUCAAUGUGAGACCGAAACCUAAUCAGUUUUAGGUAAGAACUUUUACCCGAGUUUUAAAAUA